AUGGAGCCCGUGGGUGCCUGGGGCCCCGCUCAGGCGGCUGCCUGGCUCCGAGGGCUGGAUGCGGCGUUGCAGGGGUACCCCUUCGAGGCCUGGGGGCUGGGGGGUCCCGACCUGCUGGGGCUGUCAGCAGGGAGGCUGGAGGCACUGGGUGUGCGGUCCCUGGGCCACCAGGAGCUGCUGCUGGAGGCUGUGGAGCAGCUCCGUGCCCUGGAUGCAGGGUUGGCCAGCACCAGCCUGCGGACCCUGACCGAGAGGCUGCGGGAGCUGGCGCUGGGCACCCAGAGCCUGGUGCUGGGGGUGCCACCCUUGGGGGAUGACCCUCUGCCACCCCCCCUGACCCUCCUGGCUCGUGUCGUCGACCUAGUGGGCGCUGCCAAGGGGCUCUUCUUCUGGCUCAACAGGUACCUUUUCUCCACCCUCAAUGACUUUUCAGCCAGCCGGGACAUCGUCCUGCUCUGUGCCCAGCUGGCAGAGACCCUGCAGGAGGACUGUCCCGCGGCUGAGAGGGACGGACGGAUCCUGCGGAUUUGCCAGCACAUCGCGGGCAUCUGUGAGAGCAUCCUGGGCUGCAGCCCCCCCAUGCUGCUGGACUGCAGGGCUGUGCUGGAGCAUGUGGGGCUGGAGCUGCCCCCCUGCCCACAAGAUAGCUCCCCAACAUCCCCCAACAUCCCAACACUGCCCCACAGCCUGUGGGAGAGCCCCCAGACAUUCCACAACACCCCAACGAUGCCCACCAGCCAGUGGGAGAGCACCUUGAUGUCCCCUGCCACCCCACCGCUCCCCACCACCCCACUGGGCCUCAAGAUCACCUCCACCAGCUCCUGCCUGCAUUUUGUGUCUGCGACUACUUCAGAGGCUCUGGCUGUCCACGGGGGCCGCAUCCUGCCUGGGGAUGAGAUCGUGCAGGUCAAUGAGCAGGUCGUGGUGGGUUGGACACGAGUUAACCUGGCAAAGAAACUGCUGGAGAAGAGGAGCAGAGUGGCGCUGGUGCUGAAAAAAAUCCCCCUCGACCUGCCCGGCUCACUCCCCUCUCCCAGGCAGGAGCUCCCAGCAGGAUUUUUGGAUGCUGUGGAUCCUCCUAACACCAGGAGCAGUGAGUGCCCGGGCAGUCCCAUGUCCCUCACUUCCAGCACUGAAGCUGAGUUGGACUCGGGAGCAGACUCGGCGCCGGACGCUGUCACCGACGGAGAAGACAGGGAGGACAAGUGGGACUUGAGGCUGCCUGGCUGUGGUGCUGCAGAGGGGGUGUGGGAGGGUGGGACCCCACUGGGGACCCCACCAGGCACCCCAUCGGGCACCCAUUCUGCUGUUGGACCCUACACCACAGAGCUCAGCCCCACAGCAGCCCCCAUAGCAGGGGCUGGUGGUGCAGAGCCCAUCCGGCUCCCUAGGGAGGGCAGCCCCCAGGUGGGACGCAGACCAAAAGGAGUGGCGACCAGACUGAGCCGCCGGCGGGUCUCGUGCCGGGACCUGGGCCGGGUGGACUGUGAUGGGUGGCUCCUGAAGAAGAAGGACCACGUGGGCUUCAUGGCCCAGAAGUGGAAGCGGUGCUGGUUUGUGCUGAAGGGCCACACUCUUUACUGGUACCACCACCCCAGCGAUGAGAAGGCUGCUGGGCUCAUCAACGUGGCCACCUACGACCUGGAGAGCACAAGGGAGCAGAAGAAGAAAUAUGUGUUCCAGCUCUCCCAUCAGAGGUACAAGCCCUUCAUCUUUGCUGCAGAAACACUUUCUGAUUUGAGCAUGUGGGUCAGUCACUUGAUAACAGCCAAAACAAAGUACUCACUGGCCAACCAGUCGGUCCCAGACAGGGAGGAAGACUGCUACAGCGAGACAGAAGCUGAAGACCCUGAUGAUGAGUCCCCCAGGCAUGGAUGUGAUUCGCCAAAGAGGAGGCUGCAAAACCCUCUGGAGAGAGCCCAGCUCUUCCUGGCUGGCAGUGAGCCCAGCAGCACAGCCAGUAGCCCCCAGGGCAGCCCACGGCCCUGCUCCCCCAUAGACCCCUCCGGGGAGGACCUGGAGUCGCUGAUGCAGUGCCUGAAGCAGGGUGGGUUGUCCCUCACGGGGCAGCAGCGGUUCCUGACGCAGGAGCAGUGCCGCAAAUCCUUCAUUCGCCGCAACAAAAACCCCCACAUUAAUGAGAAGGUGCACACCGUGCGAGCCCUGCAGAGCACGCUCAAGGCGAAGCUGGUGGAGCUGCAAGCCCUGGAGCAGCUGCUGAGUGAUGCUGCCCUCAGCUCCCAGAAGUUCAGGCGGUGGAAGGAGGAGCACCAGGAGCUGUACCAGGAGCUGCGGGAGUGGUGGGCACGGCAGGAGGGACAGGACCCUGCUGGGGGGCUCGGGGAUGAGCGCAGCCCCCCAGGAGAUGCAGCAGAACCCUGACAUCCCCUCCCUCCCGGGGCUGCUCCAGCACGAAUCACAACUGAUAGAGCUAAGGAGGGGAUUGAGGACUUUAGUGAUGGCUCAGCCCCACAUCGUGGACUUGCCACCGGAGAUUUGGCUUCUGCUCCACGCCCCGGUGUCCGGGCAGGACGUUCCAGUGACAGUCUGGCUUUUUUCCAAGGACAUUUUGCCUCAGCUGCGCGGUGGCAGCGGGGCCCUUCUGCAGGAACUUGUCGCCACCACGCACCGCCGGGCCUCUCCUGCUUGUAAAUAAAACUUGUCUCGACAAGA